ACAGACUCCAGAGCGAGACGGCUGAAGAGUUUUAUUUCUCAGCGCAGGAUAAAGAGGAUGCACCUCAUGUCUUUGCAAGUUUAACAGCUCUAUAGAGUGCACCAUGACAACCUAGCAUCAGUUUUGCAGAUAACUCAUCUUUAACAACUCUUCAGGACCACUCAGAACAUUUUGAAGCAUUCUAAGCGCUUUUUCAAUGUUUCUCUCAUAUUGUAACAUCAUGGAUAGAGUGAAGAAUCUCACGAGGGAUGUGGUUGAUGUUUAACGACAGUGAAUGAAGAUGAGGUUUAAAUCGUUUCGGUGCCGUUAGUCCAUGAUGGAUUUGAAAUGUAAAAUAGUUGUGGUCGGGGAUACUCAGUGUGGGAAGACGUCUUUGUUAAGUGUUUUUGCCAAGGACUCUUUUCCAGAGAACUAUGUUCCUACCGUGUUUGAGAACUACACAGCCAGUUUUGAGAUCGACACACUGAGAGUUGAGCUCAGCCUUUGGGAUACAUCAGGAUCUCCAUACUAUGACAACGUGCGCCCCCUCUCUUAUCCGGAUGCUGAUGCAGUCCUCAUCUGUUUUGACAUCAGUCGACCAGAGACACUUGACAAUGUUUUAAGGAAGUGGAAGGGGGAAGUUGAGGAGUUCUGUCCCAAUACCAAAAUACUGUUGGUUGGAUGCAAGUCAGAUCUGCGCACAGACCUGGCCACAUUUGUGCAGCUGUCCAAUGACAUUCCUUUAUCAUAUGACCAGGGUUCAAACAUGGCCAAGCAGAUCUCUGCCCCUUACAUUGAAUGCUCAGCACAGCAGUCUGAGAACAGUGUAAGGGACAUCUUCCACAUUGCCACACUGGCUUGCAUCAAUAAAAGCAAAAAGAAUGUCAAGCGCAUCAAGUCCAACAGAGCCACCAAGAAGACCUCACACGUACCUAGCAGGCCUGAGCUGAACUCAGUGUCAUGUCUUCACAAGACCAAAGCAAAAACCUGCAUAGUAAUGUGAUAAAAAAAACACACACACACAGAAAGGACUUGAGGCCAUUUCCUCUGCAUGCAUUCCUUUUUCGAUCAGGAUUUUUCAUGAAGGUCCAUUGGAAAUAAAUGGGACAUGAACUGAAGGGAGCCUAUUCGCUCUUCUCUAGCAUUUAUACUCAUCUCCAGCUGCAAUAUGUACCUCUGAACUGAGACAGUGACAUGUAUUAAUGAUGAUGAAGUCUAUUCUCCCCCGUUUAAUUAUGCAUUUUAAAAGCACUUCAAAGCAGUUCUUGUCCAUCAUAAAAACCUAAAGCAGGGAAAACGCUAAUUUUCUCAUUUACUGCCAAUGAAAUUGAGCACUUUUUUGGGAAGCUAUGAAAACCAAAAUCUACCCUGGAGAUAGAUUUUAUAUUUCAAAUUAUAAACAUAACUAUCUUUAACACUUGAUCAGUGCUGCUAAUCUUGGGCCUGUCCUAUUACACCUGACUACACCAAAAAAGUGUAAAAUAAUGCCACAUUGUAGGUAGUUUUGUAUGAAAAAAUAAGAGGCAAUAAAUGAAGACUAUACCUGGUCAAA